CGAAGAGACGGAGCGAGGUCCUUUCACGAGACAGCCAAAUAACCUCGACUGCCCAUCCAUUGUGCGAGCUUCUUUCCCUUCUUCUCCUCUCAAUUUGAUAGCUCUUCAUCAAAAUUAUAUAUUAAACCUCCGAAUUCUUGUCCAGAAGAGCUCGGAGUGCGCUACGUCUAACUGCCGACCUCAUUCCUCAAGCUCCACGCUUCAAACAUUUGAGCUCCUACCCACGGAACUCCGCACUCAUCCGCUUUGCGGCCCUUUAUACACACAAGAUGGCGCCUGAACAGCUGCGGUACGAUGGCCAGACGGUUGUUGUGACGGGUGCGGGUGGUGGUUUGGGCCGCGAGUAUGCCGUCUUCUUUGGCAGUCGCGGCGCCAAUGUCGUUGUGAAUGACUUAGGAGGCAGCUUCAAGGGAGAGGGUAAGGGUUCGCAGGCUGCAGAUGCAGUGGUCAACACAAUCCGGUCCGCCGGUGGCAAAGCCGUUGCCAACUACGACUCGGUCGAGAACGGCGAGGCCAUCGUCAAGACGGCCAUCGACAACUUCGGACGCAUCGACGUGUUGAUCAACAAUGCAGGUAUUCUUCGAGAUAUCAGCUUCAAGAACAUGAAGCAGCAGGACUGGGACCUUAUUAUGGCGGUCCAUGUCAAGGGAGCAUACAAGUGCGCGCGCGCAGCGUGGCCCUACUUCCGGAAACAGAAGUAUGGAAGGCUGAUUAGCACCGCCUCUGCGGCCGGCCUAUUUGGUUCGUUUGGCCAGUGCAAUUACUCUGCCGCCAAACUCGCCCUGGUCGGCUUCACAGAAACCCUCGCAAAGGAAGGCUUGAAAUACAACAUCCUCUGCAACACCAUCGCCCCGAUUGCUGCCAGUCGAAUGACCGAAACCGUCAUGCCCCCUGACGUCCUCAACAGCUUGAGGCCUGAGUGGGUUAUGCCGCUUGUUGCCGUCCUCACACACAAGUCCUGCACAGAGACUGGCUCAAUAUUCGAGGCCGGGGGUGGCCACAUUGCUAAACUCAGGUGGGAGCGCGCCAAGGGUGCUCUCAUGAAGCCAGAUGACAGCCUGACUCCGGAUGCCAUCGCCCAGAGGUGGAAGGACGUGAAUGAUUUUUCGGAGCCAGAGCAUCCACAGGGCCCCGCGAAUGCGAUGGAACUCCUCGAGGCUGCUGCUCAAUUGCCUCCGAGCAGCCCAGGUGAGAAGCUCAAUUUUAAGGAUAAGGUCGUCCUGGUUACUGGCGGUGGUGCCGGUCUCGGUCGCGCGUAUGCCCUGCAAUUCGCUAAAUUAGGUGCCAAAGUCGUCGUUAACGAUUUGGUUAACCCGGACACGGUCGUCCAGGAAAUCCAAAGGAUGGGCGGCCAGGCCAUUGGUAACAAGGCUAACGUUGUCGAUGGCGAAGCUGUCGUUAAGGGUGCCAUUGAUGCCUAUGGUCGCAUUGACGUCCUCAUCAACAACGCUGGCAUUCUCCGCGACAAGGCCUUCACCAAUAUGGACGACAAUAUGUGGGAUAUCAUCCACCAGGUGCAUCUCAAUGGCACUUAUGCCUGCACUAAGGCGGCGUGGCCUUACUUCUUGAAACAGAAGUACGGACGUGUUAUCAAUACCACUUCUACUAGUGGUAUCUACGGUAACUUCGGUCAAGCCAACUAUGCUUCCGCUAAGUGUGGUAUCCUUGGUUUCUCUAGAUCGCUUGCUCUUGAGGGCAAGAAGUAUAACAUCUUCGUCAACACUAUUGCGCCAAAUGCUGGAACGGCUCUAACCCGAACCAUUAUGCCUGAAGAAAUGGUCCAGGCGUUAAAGCCUGACUACGUUGCUCCUCUUGUUGUUCUCCUAUGCUCCGACAAGGCUCCCACGCCCACUGGUGGUCUUUACGAGUGCGGCAUGGGGUGGUUUGCCGCGACUAGGUGGCAGCGAACAGGUGGCCACGGAUUCCCUGUCGACGUCAAGCUUACCCCUGAAGCUGUUUUGGAGAAGUGGGAAAAGAUCAACGACUUCGAUGAUGGGCGCGCUGACCAUCCUCAUGACAAUGCCUCCGGCUUGAAGAGUAUCAUGGCCAAUAUGCAGAACAAGAGUAAGAGUAAGAAGGAGAAGAAGGGCAAUGAGGAGAUACUGAGUGCGAUUGAGAGCGCGAAGAAUGCGAAAGCCGAGGGAACGCCGUUUGAGUACGACGAGAAGGAUGUAAUUCUCUACAAUCUCGGCAUUGGUGCCAAGCGUACCGACCUCCCGUUCGUCUACGAGAACCACGACAAUUUCCAAGUACUCCCAACCUUCGGCGUCAUCCCACCCUUCAACUCAGUUUCCCCCUUCUCCAUGAGUGACAUCGUCCCCAACUUCUCCCCCAUGAUGCUCCUCCACGGCGAGCAAUUCCUCGAGAUCCGAAAAUUCCCCAUCCCCACCGGAGCCAAGCUGGUAUCGUACCCAAAGCUCAUCGAAGUCGUCGACAAAGGCGCCGCAGGUAUCAUCGUCACUGGCACCACAACUAAGGACGCCAACACAGGUGAAGACAUCUUUUACAACGAAUCCACUGUCUUCAUCCGCGGCUCAGGCGGCUUCGGCGGGCCGUCCAAAGGCGGAAAUCGUGGGCCUUCAACCGCAGUCCACAAACCGCCUCAACGCGCGCCCGACGCCGUCGUUGAGGAGAAAACUACCGAGGAACAAGCCGCCAUAUACCGUCUCUCGGGCGACCGUAACCCGCUCCACAUCGACCCCGAGUUCAGCAAGGUCGGUGGUUUCAAAGUGCCUAUCCUCCACGGUCUGUGUUUCUUCGGUAUCUCGGGGAAACAUGUGUUGCAAAGUUUUGGCGCGUUUAAGAAUAUUAAGGUGAGGUUUGCAGGUACGGUGUUGCCGGGCCAGACACUCAAGACGGAGAUGUGGAAGACAGGGAAUACGGUCGUUUUUCAGACGAAGGUGGUAGAAACGGGGAAGUUGUGUAUUUCUGGGGCGGGGGCGGAGCUGCUGGGCGGCGGGAGUAAGUUGUAGGGUUUAUGUGGAGGGUCGGCGGCGAU